GUGGGAGUUUCUACGAAAUGUCCAGAUGACAUUGCCUUUGUUCAAGAGAUCUGAUGACAAAAGAGGACAAUAAUACACUUCUUAUCGGUUCUUUCAUGGUGUGGGGCGAUUCAGACAAGUUGGGCCUUUGUUCCACAUGCGCAAUACCUCUGAUUGGUCUCCAGGGGCUCCAGGUUCAUUGUCAUAUUUUCGGGCACCCCUAUACAAUCGGUAUAUAUAAUCAGACAGCUGUAUCGGGUCCAACAACAAACACUUUACGCCUCGGCACACUAUUAAACCUCUUAGAUUGCCGGUAUACGUUGCAGUUUUGAAAACUAAGAACUCAUUCUCAAAAGGUCCACCGUAUUAAUCGCCUCACUUCGUGUCGUUUGAGCCAAGAUGUCCGCCCACCACUCUAUUCCGGAGAGCUACGUCUGUGAUGCUUAUAUCGAUCAGGGCUCGGACAGCUUACAGGGCAAAAGAACUGACCUGACUCAGUACCAUCGCACCCCAACACAAUUGACGGAAGAAAAUUGUUCUCUGACGGAUAUCUACAACAUGGGUCGUGACAACGCGGGCGAGGAACAAAGGCCAUUAGAUAUUCGUGUCAUGUUUGACCAGCCUAGCUCAAUCGAACCCCAGGAGGUUCCUUCAAAAGAAUCUCCAGGAUCUCGACCACCUGGUUUGUAUUUGCCGAAUGGUUUAGACGAUAAGAACGCCUGUGACUACCAGGCCCAGAGCCGACCACCUUUGGCGUUCCGUGGCAAACCCAGCCCAUUGGCCAAGGUAAGCCGUUCGGGAGAUAAUGAGCUUAUACAUAUGACAGGGUCACAGAGAUCUGCUUCAAUUUCAUACUUCGAUAAUCGAAAGAGUUUCUACCCUGCCGAAGGUAUACCCCAGAGCCCUCCACUUAUAAGCCCUCUUUCUUCGGCAAGCUCAAUAAACUCACAGAGUUCGGGAGUCUCCAUACUUACGCGGACGAAACGCGCUGGAAGUCUGCUGAGGGACAUAACUACACGCGCCGGAGCAUCAUACAGCAGGGUGCAGCAGCGGUGGCAGGACAAGAGAGAAGAACAGGCGCGUCUACCUCUCUGCAAAAAUCACAACCGCCGAGGUUGUGCCGAACACCUGCACUGGUACGUCGGCAAGGACGCCAACGUGAUGCAUGACCGAGAGAACGCCGUUCUCGCCGUGGCCCCGCUCAAGUACGACGCCGCCCGCUUCGACUACGAUUCGGACCUGAUGGUGCAGCCGGGCACCAUGCCUCUACCGCGGACCUUCAACUACGCCGAGCCGAAGCAUCACUGGUUUCACUAUUGUAAGUCAUGCCAGCUGAUGUACCUCGUGGGCAACGCUGGCGAUGCCAUCAAGACGCAUCCGGCCCACAUCGCCAACCUCGGCAUUGGCGAGUUCGGCGAGCGGGCCAUCGCCAUGUACGUGGAUGCCAGGCACGACCUCUUGGACGCGCAGUGGAGCAUCUAUUUUGGGCCGGAGUCGGCUGAGAACACGGUCAAGAGCUCACGGGGCAUUGAGCGUGGGACGGUGGACAUGCGCGCCCUCCGCGACGCUCUCGAGAAGGUGUCGACUGCCGUCGUCCGCAACCACACGGACCGCCUGCUUGGCGGUAGGAAUAACGGCGUCACCGUCGUCAAGUCCAACAGCGAGGCCUUCCUCGCCGCCGCCUGCCGCUUCACCCUGCUCCUCUUCACCCCGCUCAAGGCCGUUCUGACGCUCUGCGCGAACGAGCUGGGCGAGGUUCUCUGCUACGACUCCGUCAAGGGCACCUUCCACUACCCGGAGUACACCAUGGACUGGGUACUCAACCGGAUGAACCCGACUUGGCUCGAGGAGAAGAGGUGCGCGGAGCGGGCUAUCAGGCAGCUGGCUGCCGAGGGCGUCCAGGUUAAGUUUGCUUAUAUGCCGAUGGAGGAUAAGUACACUGAGAAAUGGCCUGUCAUGGUCCCUUGAAGGUACUGUGCUGUAAGCCUCGCGAACAAUCGUGUGGAUGCUAACAACGUGUAGAGGAUGACAAGAUGUUUCAGAACUGG